UAUCAGGUCCAUAUAUCUCUGGUAGGUUCUGAUAAGAUGAGAGUGACGUGGAUCACCGACGACGACGCCCCAUCUGUCGUCGAAUAUGGUACUUCCUCGGGUCAAUACCCUUUCUCGGCCACCGGCUCCGCCUCCUCCUACUCAUAUGUCCUCUACCGCUCCGGCCACAUCCAUGAUGUCGUCAUCGGUCCCUUAAAUCCCGACACCGUCUACUACUAUCGCUGUAGCUCUAAUCCCUCGCGCGAGUUCUCCUUCAAGACACCGCCAGCGAAUCUCCCCAUCGAACUUGUCAUAGUUGGCGACCUGGGGCAGACGGGUUGGACGAACACGACGCUGCAGCACGUGGCGGGUGCGGCCUACGACGUGCUGCUGCUGCCGGGCGACCUCUCGUACGCGGACCUGUACCAGCCGCUGUGGGACUCGUUCGGUCGGCUGGUGGAGCCCCUCGCGAGCGCCCGGCCCUGGAUGGUGACGGAGGGCAACCACGAGAUCGAGAAGAUCCCCCUCCUCGAGCCACGCUCCUUCAAGGCCUACAACGCCCGCUGGCCCAUGCCCUUCGCCCCGAGCUCCUCCGACUCCAACCUCUACUACUCCUUCGACCUCGCCCAGGGAUCCGCCCACGUCCUCAUGCUCGGCUCCUACGCGGACUUCGCCCCCGCCUCGCCCCAGUACCAGUGGCUGCAAGCUGACCUCGCCCGCAUCGACCGUGCCCGGACCCCCUGGGUCCUGGCGCUGGUCCACGCGCCAUGGUACAACUCCAACGAGGCCCACAAGGGCGAGGGCGAGGCCAUGCGCAGCGCGCUCGAGCCGCUGCUCUACGCGGCGCGUGUCGAUGCCGUGUUCGCCGGGCACGUGCACGCCUACGAGCGGUUCGCGCGCGUGUACAACAACACGGCGGACCCGUGCGGGGCGGUGCACGUGACGAUCGGGGACGGCGGUAACCGCGAGGGGCUGGCGAGCGACUUUGCAGAGCCGGCCCCGGGGAUAUCGGAGUUCAGGGAGGCCAGCUUCGGCCACGGCAGGUUGCAGGUGGUGAACGCCACCCACGCGCUCUGGACGUGGCACCGCAACGACGACGACGAGCCCGUCGUCGCCGACCAGGCCUGGCUCACCAGCCUAGCUUCCAACCCGGCGUGCAGCGGCAAGACCCACAGCUAGCCGCUGAUUGCUUAUAAACUAGGCUGGGCUUGGCCUUGUUUAUUUUGUAUUGUUAAUUUCUUUAUUUAUUGAUCGAUUAAUUAGUUUGCACUACUAGCACUACUAAUUCUCUCUUUAAUUAUAUAUACGUUCGUGUGUAAUGGCAUUCUAGUCGAAAGGUUGUUGCAGGAGAUUGAAAUAGUGCAGUAAAACAUUACGAUGGGUAUUAGCUCUCCGUGUUACAUUGAGAAAAAUAAAAACUAUGCAAAUUGUUGUCCCCUA